CUUUUCCUGUAUAUGAAUUAAAAAAAUAAAAACCCUAACUCAAACUGAUCGAAUCCAAUUAAAAUUACCAAUAUCAAAAAAUCAUAACAAUGUCUCAGUUUUUACCGUUCGAAAUACAAGAGGAAAUCUUGAAAAGGAUUAAUGAUAUUCGAUCAUUGCUUCGAUUGAGAUCAAUUUCAAAAGCAUGGAAGUCUCUUAUCGAUAGCCCAAGAUUCAUCGCUGAUCCUGAAAGACAACGUCGUCAUCUCAUCCUGGUAGUAAUAAACGGUGUUAUUUAUUGGCUUGCCUUUGAGGAAGGGAAUACUGUUUACGAUAGAUCAUAUGCCCUGAUUAUUUCGUUUGAUUUAACAACUGAAGAGUUUGAAGAAAUAUACUUUCCGCCAGAUAAUUUGAUAAAGUUCCCCGAGUCCCUAGCUAACCAAAGAGAGACUCUUGUUGUGAUAGAUUAUUGCUAUAAUAAUGAGGCCAAGGCAGGAGUUUGUGGUGUAUGGGCGAUGAAUCAUCCAAAGUCAUUUACAAAACUAUACUCUGUUAUUAGGGAGGUACCACGGAAUUUUCAUUUUGAUAUACUAGAGUUUACCAAGAAUGGCGAUCCUAUUUUGCAAACUAGACAUAAUGAUUCUGUGUCGGCACUUGAAAUAUAUGAACCAUGCUCAGAGUGCUAUAUUGAGCUUGGGUAUCGUAGUAAACGUCCAAAAAGUGUGACCUGCUACAUAGAAACACUACUUCUACUUAAUCAGUCAGAUUCCAUCAUUGAUCAUGUGUAAUGACAAUCAAUAAUCAGUGAUUUUAUAAAUCGUUUUUUAGGUA